GAGUAAAUCUGGCGUGUUUGAAAAAGCAGCCGCAGAGUUCACGAGAGAGUCAUACGUUACGAUCACCCCAUGUAGGUUAGCAGCGGCUUCAGCGUUCAUCAGAGUGGACGGACUUACCUGAGGAUCAUGGCAACUUUUACCGCGUUAACCACCUCGCUUGUUGUUUUAACUACAGUUGUACUAGCCGGUCUAACUGGAGGCGCGGAAAAGCCACACCACGAAGAGGUGAUCCUUCCGUUCAGUUGGCUGCAGCAGAGCGCGGAGGACGCCAAGUCGUUUCUGGUCCACAGAGAGAAGAGAGGAUUCUGGGAGUUCUUUAGAGGUGACGAUGACGAUGAUGACACGACGACGACAACUACCACACCAUUGCCGACAACUACCUCCACCACAACAACCACCACCACCACAACAACUACACCUACAACGACCACACGACCAACAACAACCUCGACAACCAGCACCACCACGAGAACUACGACCACUUCAACGCGACAAACUCCCCGGAGGCGGCCUCCAACGCCAUAUUACUACGACACCACUACAACCACCACCGCCAGACCGUGGUGGAAAGUAUUUGUUGGGAAGGAAGAAACCACGGUGACCACCACUCCCGCGACCACCACGACUCGACCUCCACCUCCCCGCCGAACGUACCCCACGCGGCGACCGUACUACCGCCAGACGCGGCCGCCCCAGAGACAGGGAACCCCUGACCCUCGUGUUGACGGCAGACACCACCGGUAUAGGCCCGGUCGGAGGGGCCAGAUAAAUCAAGAAAAUUACAUCCCUGUAUUCAAUCCGGUCAUUCAGGUGUCAAAUCGUCCAUCUGGCUCUAACGGAAAAACGGACACAGACUCUGGGUUAAAACAGGGGUCGGCGGCGACUCGCCCCGGCAGUGACACCUCUAAUGUGCAGCGUGCGCCUCCUGGCGUCCCAGUUGCAUACUUAGCGCGGACACAAUAUUAUAUCACACCGACACUAGCGCCACCUAUACGCCACCGCACUCCAAGCUGGCACCGACCCGAGGUUAGAAAACGUAUAUUGCUAGAAAGACAGCGGGAACGUCACUCGCCAGAUUAUAGGCGCCAUCUUAGGGCGUGGCUAAGAAAAUGGCGGCUUUCCGGUGGCGAGCACUAUAGAAACCGUUUGCGGGCAGCUCAGUCUUAGUGCUGCUGUAAAUAAUGGACACAAAAAAAAAUCAGUUUCGCAUAAUUUUUGAAGACAUUAAGCGAUAUCGCCGUUCUAUUGGUGCCAUGCAAAAGUAAUUAAAUACCACGAUAUUGCUCACCAAAAUUCGUCAAAUGGCCAUCGGAGCAAGAGAAAGAUAAUAUUAGUCUCCUGCAGCAGUCUUUGGGAAGACUGACAGCCUAUUUGAAAUCUCAGUCAGAAUCUAUUAGUCGUCUCCUGUUAUGGUCGCCGUCAUCAAACCAGAUAACGCCGAUGUGACAACCGCAAAGACAGCCUAUCGAAAUCGGAACAAUGUCCACACCCGUAGUUUAUAACACCGGAAAGGUGCCAAAGUAAGCGGUGUAUUGUGGUCAGGCUUUAUGAUAAGUUUUUCCUAACUUUGAAUUUCAAUAAAAUGUGCUGUAGCACAUUCACUGCUGUAUAUUUCUUUAGAAGGUCGUUACUUUCUAGUGUACAAGUUGGCAGACCGGUUACUGCAGAUUAACUGUUGUCAUUAAAUAUGUUGCGAAAUAUAUACUAUCUACAACCAUAAAUGAGGAGUCCAAAAUUGCACUGUACUGUAAUUUAUUGAUUUAAACAAAGAAAAACGUUAAAAUAAAAACAUACUGUUGAACUGACCUCUGUAGGCCUUUAUCCAUAUAUGUAUAUGUCCAAUAUUCAUAAUAAAUAUAAAUAAAAACAAACACUGAUUAAAAUGUUACAAAUCACAAUUUAUCACUUGGCAAUGUUGUCACUGUAAAUUGGUUGCCAUGUAAAUGC